AUGUCGGGCUUCAUCAACCCACAUCCCAGCCCAAAUGAAGAAUACGCAGAAUAUCCUCUUCCAAUCAUUGACAACCCCGGUGAUCGUCAAAGCCUUGAGCGUGAGGCUACCGUCGAUGUCAAUCAAUAUGAUGCCGGACUCGAGCCACCCACACGGCCUCGCAGUCGAUCCCAUCACAGGGUUCGCUUUCGUUCGCUGAGUCUGCGCCGGAACGAAGAUGCCUCACAUCCCUCGUCGCGCCCGUUAUUGUCGUCCCCAGACCUCAGCGAAGUCCCGCUCUCCGGAACCAUCACCCCGCCAGCCCCCACCCAUUCCCGGGGUGGCUCUGGCCUGGCCAACGUGCACACCCCCGACGAGUUGGGCGAGACCGAGAAACAUGAUUUUGGUAAAAUGGACCGGACUACCUCAGCCCGCGACCGCUUCAGAGCCACCGGUCAGCUUUUGCGACAGAAAACUAGCCGCUUGACGGAACGCCUCGGUCGCCCCACGGAUGAAGGCGAGCCCCUCAACGCCUCAUACCUUCCAGACGACUUCGACAGCGGUAUCCCACUUGAGGAGCUACAGGCCCGCCGCGCUCGCCAUGACGCCGACCGAGCGCACGCAUUGGAGACUGGUGAGGAUGUUAUUGAGCCGCCCCCUAGCGCCGAGGCUCAUCGCUUGGUCCGCAGCAUGACCAUGGUUCAGGAUCAGCUGCGCAAGCGGAAACCUCGGGGCGCAUAUCAGCGGUCGGGACAGACAACUCCCGAGGGCUUGAUCAGCGCCUUUACGCAGCGCAGACGGUCCAGUGGAUUGGGCGGUGGCAGCGGCAUUUUGUCGCAGUUGCUGAAGCUCCAGGCCGCCCAGACUGGAAGCUCUUCGCGCCCGGAAAGUGUCAUCACGGAUGACUCUGACAGUGACACGCAGGUCUCCUCCGGUAUUUCCACCCCGAAGAAAGGUUCUUUCUCGCCCCCACUCCCUGCUUCUCUGUCUCUGCCAACAUCUGGUGCCGCUACCCCGCGCAAGGAGAAGCUCAAAUGGUACAAGAAGUCAGCCCAUCUGUCCACCUCGUCGCUGGUCAAUGCCUCCAUGAACCUCAGCACGGCCAGUCUGCCUGCUGCGGCAGAGGCCGCGCCGGGUGUGCACAAGAAAUGGAAGAGAAGCAAGCGAAAGACCCGUCUGGAAGACGAAAUCCGUGUCACUGUCCAUAUCGCGGAGAUCAUCGCACGUCAGCGGUACAUCAUGCAACUGUGCCGUGCGCUUAUGCGAUACGGUGCCCCGACCCAUCGUCUGGAGGAGUAUAUGCAAAUGACUGCCCGGGUCCUGGAAGUUUCGGGCCAAUUCUUUAUAUCUGCCCGGUUGUAUGAUCAUGUCCUUUGA